AGCUAAACAUUGCCGUUCGGUCCGUCUCCUCCGGUUCCUCCCGCAUCUGCUGCUUUCUGAUCAGCUACGUCGGCCGAGUCGAGCGCAUACCUUAACUACAUGCCAGAUGAUGCACCGAGGGUGGUUUUUUAAUAAAGACCACCCGCUAUGCAGUGCUGCCGCCCGGUGCGCGACUUAUAGCAAUCUGUUAGACAGGAUAUAGAUCGAGUGCAGACACCAGGAAGCUGAAGGGGGCAAAAAAAGAAGAACAGCGAGAGCAGACAGAUAGGAGGCCACGGUUCCUCCUCACACACAUACACACAUCACCGCGGCCUUGAUGGUGAUGUAUGCAAGGAAACCAACAAGAGUCAGCGAUGGGUGCAACGACAGAAGGGAUUCACAAUCCUAUCAGACCCAUAAAUCUCAGCCAAAGAGCCAAUCAAGCAGCCUUCACCGUUACGACAAGGUGCGCGAUGGCUCAUCGGAUCCCACGCCCCCUUACAAGAUGCUGCGGCGCUCAGACGAAAGUCCCGUUAGCAGGCACGGAGACAGCGCCGGACACGGCAAGGCGAAACCCUCUCACGUUGUUAGAGGAAAAAAUGGGACCAGCGGCUCUCCUCAGGAGAACUCUCACAACAACAGCUCCCACCAUGGCGCCGCCGACUCACAUGCGACCCAGAGCAAGCCUGCAGACAGGGACCCAGCAGAUGACUGGACAGAACACAUUAGCUCCUCUGGGAAGAAGUACUACUAUAAUUGUAGAACUGAGGUCUCCCAGUGGGAGAAGCCCAAGGACCUGUUGGAGAGGGAACAACGGCAGAAAGAUUCAGUCAAGAUGGCACCGAACAGUUUCCCCCGGGACAUGGACUACAGACAAGAGGCAUUGCAGGACAAAGCCACAACAAAGACAACAUCAGGGGACCAGUCCACAGCGUCCGCCUCCUCCUCUUCCUCUUCUUCUUCUCAGAGCCUGAACGCUGCCUCUGCCGGCGCUUUAGGCUCCACCCCCUCCAACAUGUCGUCGUCCUCCUCCUCCUCUACGGGGCAGGUGCCUCCGUCUGUCCAGUCUCCGUCUCCGGCGUUGCUCCAGGACCCCGCCCUCUUGCAUCAGCUGCUCCCAGCUCUGCAGGCGACGCUGCAGAUGAACAACGGCAACAUGGACAUGGCUAAACUCAACGAGGUCUUGGCAGCUGCUGUCACCCAAGCUUCCUUACGGUCUGUGCUUCAUAAGCUCCUCACUGCCGGACCCGCUUUCAACGUCACUGCUCUGCUAUCAGCUGCUCAGCACUCCAACCAAGCCCAGCACUCCAGUCAGUCUCCGGUCUCUCUGACUUCAGAUGCGUCCUCGCCGCGGCCGUACGUGUCGCCGCGGAACGGUGCGCCGCAGAGCAACCAGAAGUCCCUGCUGGGCGCGCACCCCUGCGGCAUCUCGUCCUCGCAAACCAGGGGCAAUAUGUCCUCGGGGAAGCCUGGAUCAGCCUCUUUGUCUCAGAACACAGAAAAGCGUCCAGAAGACCCAAGGACUCUGCAGCAGAGAAGCAGCCAGGAGAUUCUGUGUGCGGGAUCAAACGCGUCUGGCGCCGCUUUGCCAACCGUCCCCUCCGGCAGCACCAGCCAAACCCAGUCUGACACGCCUGGCACCUUCACCCCCACCCUGGCAGCUCACUUUGAUGAAAACCUCAUCAGACAUAUCCAAGGAUGGCCUUCAGAGAACACUGAGAAACAGGCGGCUCGUUUGCGUGAGGACAUCCACAACAUGGGCAGCCUGUACAUGUCUGAAAUCUGCACAGAGAUGAAAAACCUUCGCUCCCUGGUCAGAGUGUGUGAGAUUCAGGCCACGCUGAGGGAACAGAGAAUCCUGUUCCUGAGGCAGCAGAGCAAGGAGCUGGACAAGCUGAAGAACCAGAACUCCUACAUGGUUUGAGGACCCAACCUGAGAAGGAAAAGGCUCGGACAGUCGGAUUAAAACGAUAAGAGAGGCCGAGGAGUUGACACGGACAGCAAGCUGCCGCAGCCUUGUUUUUUCUGCCUACAAGAGUCUUUUGACAGCAACUGACGAGGUGAAGCUCCAUCAUCCUGAACACGUUUUCUUCUUUUUUUCUUUUUAAAUUAGUUUUCCAACGUCCACCACAUGAAUCGCUCUCACCAAAAGGUCAAGCUGACGGUUCACCCAGUCGGACAUUUUAACUGAGUGGAUGCAGAAGACCCGAGGCUCUAUUCAGACAGCACCUUCUUUGACCGUGAACCUUGGAUUGUGUGUGUGUUGUAAUGGAUUAAAUUGUUUUCUGGUGUGUUUUGAUGUGUAGUGGUCGGGAAGAGAAUCAACACGGACUAAAUCAGACCAUCUCAGAACAGUGACCGUUUUUCAGGGGGCUGAACGAGCUCGUUCGGUCCCCUGACUUCUGAAGUGGACAUUGAAGCUUUUGAAUUCAAUGGCAGUGAUGUUACUGUUAUUUUUUUUUUUAGUCUCAUCCUUGUCAGUGGUUUCGCCAUCCCAUCGUGUCUUCAGACUGGUUGGUUUUACAUGUCUUGAGAUUAAAGAGGACCGUUGGCCAGACCUUGAAAAUGCUUAAUGUGCUACAGUCCCAGAUGAUGGGAGUCUGCGUUAUGGUUCCAGUGUCUCAAACUCACUGGAAUUUAUUGCUAGUUCUGUCAAACGCACUCCAGAUGUUUCAAAGUCACUUUGAAACAGUCAAUACUAUUGGACCUAGGUUGGCUGCUAGUACAUCUGUGAUUGUGUUCAUUUGUAGCCCUGCGGGCACGUUUCUUAUUCCUUCUGCUGUUUGUCUUUUCUUUAUUUUUUUUUUUUUUCUUUUGUAUUGUCUAUAUUUUGUUUCUUUCCCAAAUCCAGUUUGGGAAUUAUAUUUCAUUCCUUUUUGUGCAGCUUAGCUGGAGAUUGUGUAAAAGAAUAGAGAAGCGACUGAAUUUACAGUCAUGUAAAGCUAAAUUAUUGUUGCACACGAUAUUGAUUACGUCCUUGUAGUUAGAGUGGAAAAGAUCUUCAGAAAGAAAUUUUAUUUUUUCUACAAGGAAACUUUGUUUUGGUUCAGCUGCCGGGGGCCGCAGCCCUUUUAUUGACGAAUCUAGCCAGGUUUGGCUACUUUUUUAAAGGUUUCAUUCAUGAUAAGAGAGGGAAUACUUUUUUAUAACUAACAAGACAUUAAACUGCAAUUGUACACUCCGA